UGUUCUUAAAGAUGAGGUGUUAGGUUAGAAUAAGUUGAAGGAGUAUAAUAAUGAUGUCAAAGUAGAAAAUUGAAGCUUAAUUUUUUUCAUUUUGCUCGAAGAAGUUACGGAAGUUUCAUUUCAUUUCAUCAAUUGAUCCUCAAUAAAGUCCACGACACCCAUUUUCAGGGAAACGGAAUAAAGGCUGUCAAGCUUCGAUCGUUUGUUCAACAGAGCACCGUCCUAAUUUGUGCUGCUCACGAUAGCGCUUCCGGAUUGAUUGAUCUUGCUGGUAAAAUUUCAUUUGUAUAAAUAUUUAAUGCUUUUAAUUCAUGUACAACAUUCAUAAAUUUUAGUUUCUUAAUUAGUAUAAAGUGAUCUUCAAUUUUUGUAACUGUAGUAUUUCAAUUUUAGUCAUUUUUUGAAGUGUUCUAGAAAUCUCUAGAGUAGCUUACCUUUGAUGUCUGUUCUGGUCCUGAUCAUAUCCAAAUUAGGUUGGGUAAACGGUAGACGAAACAGAUCAUUCAGAAAUUGAAUUAAACUUAUGUUGUUCUCUUCCGAAGAGAGGGAUUAGUGUGUAACAAAAGUAUCCCCCAUUGGUCGAAUUAUUCUAGUGGUCUAUCCGCAACCACAUUAACUUUCAGAGUAACAAUGAACAUCAUAGGCUACAAGGCAUAAGGGAAUGAUUCCAAAUACACAAUAAAUAUAAGAAAAUCAGAUGUAUAAUGAAGCAUAAACUUUUUUGAAACAUGAACCAUUUGUUAACUCCAAAAUAACUUUGGUGUGACUUUUGCUUCUGGUUAUUGCCACCAACAUCUUUUGUUGCCUGAUUUCAAUGUAUUUGUAUGUGAUAGGACUCGAUCUCGAUUAUGAAUGAACAUUGAUCAAUAAAAUAAAAUAGUAGAAUAUAGUAGUGAAUAGAAAUCUUAUUGCUGGAAAUAGCUAGAGUUCAUGUGGGAUCUAGCUCACAAUACAAACAGAAGACUAAAAUGAAAGGAAAUAAGCUAUAAAUGAUAAAGGAGGUACUUUGAGAGGCCUUAGCUCUCCUAGGGUAAAAUUCACCACUCAAAUCAUGCAUAAAAACAAUGGCAGAGAACAUGCUGCUAUUUAAUCAAUUUGAUCCACAUCUAUUUUCUCUUCCCUCGCUGAAUAAGGAAACAUUCCUAUAAGGGAAUGAUUAGCUGUAUCCUUUUGCCCACGUUUCCUUUUAUAAAAUAUGUCAUAACUAUCAGUAUGCUUCUAAGACACUUACCUGAAAUACAUGGCAAUGAUACAUUAUACACUGAUAGAGAUGUCAAGAGGACAAGACUGGGGAGCAUUCUCCCGCUCCCCGACUCAGUUCUCCAUAUCACUCCCUGUUCCUUGUAACAGAAGAUUGUUGGCUUGUGGAAAUUGUUUAGAUAUGUAUUACAUUAAAAAAAAAAAAACAAGAUUUUACAUGUAAAUUAUGCGAGUUCAGAGUGUCUAUUUUUCUCAACAGAAGUGAAAUGACUUUAUUCAAGAGUGAAAGAAAGACAUGGGAAAUAUUGAUGUACUAAAAUUUUGUAUCAUUUAAAAUCUUUCAUUUUUUUUUAGAAAUACAGAGGAUUGGUUCUUAUGUACAUCAGAAUCUGAACCUUGACUAUCAUUGGCUAUCAAACAGAACUCUCAAUUGGGAAAUAUGAAUGUAAAAUAUUCAAAGCAUAAAAGUUCAUACAAGAAACAAUUUCCAACAUUUAUAAGGGAGCUAUGCCAUCAAUUUUCUCUGAACGAUCUUAAGAAAUCAACCAAUAACUUUGAUAAAGAUCGACAAAUUGGAGAAUCACAAUACUAUAUAGUGUACGAAGGUUAUCUCAAACAUAAUGGGGAAAAUGAUUAUCCAAUAGCAGUGAUGCGGAUGAGAAAUAUAGUCGACGAAUGGUUUCAGAAGGAAAUUGAACUCAACUGCCAGCUUUGUCACCCGAAUUUGGCAUCUUUUAUAGGGUUUUGUGACCAAAAAGAUGAGAAAAUUCUUGUGUAUAAAAAAGACGACAUUGUAAAUGGCUCUCUCACUGAUCACGUACUGUCAAGGGAUAUCGAAUCACUGACAUGGAAGAAAAGGCUUGAAAUAGGCAUUGGAGCUGCAAAAGGACUACACUACCUUCACACCGGAGCAAAGCGCGCGAUUUUUCACCGUGACGUAAAGCCAGCCAACAUUCUUUUAGAUAAAAGUAUGGUACCAAAACUCUGGCAACUUGGAUUUUCCUUACAAGGGAAGAUUUCGAACUCGAAGUCAAUACCAAUUGAAGUCGAUUUCAUUUAUGGUACAUAUGGUUUUAUGGCGCCAGAGUAUUACGAAACCAAUACUUUCACAGAUAAAUGUGACGUUUACUCUUUUGGUAUGGUUCUACUUAGUCUAGCAUGCACAAACUACAAUCUUACGAUCAGGGAUAAGAUUGAAAUGUUCCGCUUGGAGGAGGAAAUUGCGUUUUUAGAAGACCAUAAUGAGGUUUUAGAUGAGAAUGUACUUACGGGAGAUAACUUUUGGGACAAGUUCCUGGAUGCUGAGAUUAUUGAUCCCAUUCACAUGAGAUUGAUUGCUCUGCCGUGCUUGGAAGUGUACAUGGAUAUCACGAAAAGAUGCUUGAAAUCUGAUCCAAAUGAAAGACCAGCAAUGGGUGAAGUUGAGGUUGAACUUGAGCAUGCUCUGGCUCUGCAGGAGGAGGAAGAAAAGUUUUGGAAAUUGUAAUGGUGUUAUAACUUUUUUUCCCACAACCAUUCCCAUCUAAUUUACCAAACAAACAAAUCUCCCAUUUGUUUAUUGUCAUUUAAAAAAUCAAUGCAGCAUAAAAUGUUUUUAAUUAUCUAU